AUGUUCAGCAAGACGCAUCUACGCCCGUCUCGCUGCCCCCGGUGCAAGCUGUGCAGGCAAAAGAAGAUCAAGUGCGAUUAUGCGCAACCGCGAUGCGGCCCCUGCGUCAAGGCCAACCUGACGUGUGAGCCGUACAAGCAGCAGUUUCACUUUAUCCACGCGGAAUCGCAGCCGGCGCAGGACAGUGCUGGGAUGGCGUCUGCAGGGAGCACCAGUGCGCUGUCGUUGCGGCAGCAGAAGCCGUGGCGCGUGGCGACCACCACGCCACACCCGAGAGGGAAGAGACCACCGCGGCACUCGGCUGCUGCUGGCGACGCGCCGGAGCUGGACUGGCAUGUCGCCACGGCGCCGCCGCCGCCUGCAUCGCUCUCUGCUGCCCAGGCGCUCGUGACGAGCCCGAUGCUCAUGACGGGAUCGCUCGCGCGGGCCAGCGUGUUUGAUCAGUUCCUGCGGUACUACCUGCCCGACGGGCCGCGUCUGCACGCCAACCACUCCUCGAGGUCGUGGCUGGCGACGGCGCGGGGCCACCGGCAGGGAUAUCCGCCGCUCGAGGCGGCCGCUUGCGCGCUGGGCGUGCUAACGCUCGGUCGCGGGGCCAAGGACCUGGCGAUGCAGAGGCGGAGCUUGAGCCUGUAUGGCGAUGCGCUCGGCUUUGCGCGGCGGUGGAUCGCGGCGCAGAUGACGCCCGACGACGGCAAUUUCUUGCGGGUGCUGGAAACAAUUAAUCUGCUCUCUCUCUUCGAGGCCUUGGCCCCUCCUGAUAAGCAGCAACGGACGUUGAUCCAUGUCGCUGGACUCUCUGCGCUCAUCAGGUUGGCUGGUCCAUCGGCAUUUCAGGAACCCGAAGCUCAUAACAUAUUGCUUCACGCGCGUAGCGCUAUAAUAUACACCGCAGUACUUGAAGAGAAAAGAACAUUCCUCGCAGACCCGAGAUGGGUCUCGGAGCCUUGGGCCUACAUCCCCAAAAACAACGUCAGCAUCUGCCUAGACGCCAUUGCCUUGGUCCCGACACUUUUGGAGUUGGCCAAUACAAUUACCGACUCAGUCGAAAGCGGCGGUUACGACGGCGCGCAUCUGCUGCCGCCGCUGCUGCAAGAGUUCGACGCAGUGUCCGCCCAGCUGCGCAGCAUGCUCCAGGAAAUGUCGACGCUAUUCGUACGCACGCCAUAUGGCAAGGGCAGCGGCAACGUGCACGAAUUCGCCGCCGUGCAGCUCCACCACUGCUGCGAGCUCUUUCGUCACGAUGCCGUCAGGCGCGUGGCCUGCUGCCACGUCAGUCACCACUUGAUGCCCGCCACCUUUUCGCGCUAUACGGAGGAGGUGAGCCACUCGCGGCUGGAGAUGGAAGUCUCGGCGCGGGCCAUUAUUGCGGACAUUGACGACUUUAACACGGACGGCUGCGGGUUCCUGACGGCGAAUAUGCUGUUCCUGCCGACGCUGGCGGCGAACCAGUUUUUGAAACGAAAUAACAGCGAGGAUGAAGAAGUCAUGGCAGCCUGUAGACAGACGACCAAUACUUUCAUCGACCGAGGUUUUCAGUUUUUCCAGAAUUUCACAUAA